UGCGGCACACGUGUGUACAGUGAGAGUGAGGUCCGGCGGAGCUUCAGCAUGGCUAAAGUUUCUAAGAAGAAAGCGAAAACAAAGAACGUGAAAACAGCGGAGCAGAGCAGCGCGGAGAACCCAGACAUGCUCUACGACGGCGGGGAGGACGAGUUGGUCGGAGCAGACGCAGAUAUGAGCAGUGAGGAGGAGGAGGACGGCUACGAUGAGCGAAAACGCCAAAAACUGCUGGAGGCCAUCAGCGCUCUCGGGGGUAAGAGGAAAAAAACUCUGGGGGAGAGGUCCGAGGCGGCCGUGCAGAUGUCGGAGUUAACGGUCAACGCGGAGGGGGAGGGCGACAAAAUUGAGCUGUCGGACCUGAUAGGCUCCAUGGCGAAAACUCCCGGACUCUCAGGCAAGACCAAGAAGCGGCUUAAGAAUAUGGAGCACAGCAGAAAGGCCAUAGACUGCCCCCUGAGCAAGCAGGAGAGUGAGCGGAUACAGAGAGAUCUGGCUUUUCAGAAGGUUUCCAAAGAGGUGAGCCACUGGAAUAGUGUCAUCACGCAGAAUCAGAGGGCUGAGCAGCUGGUCUUCCCCCUCAACCAGGGGCCCUCCGGCCCCCAGCCCAUGGAGAGGGUGGUGGUGGGCUGGAAGGCUCAGACUCCGCUUGAGCAAGAAGUCUUCAGCCUCCUGUCUGCCAACAAACAACCCAUUAAUGACCCCAUUCUCACCCCCACCGAGGAGGCUUCCAUGAAAGCGAUGAGCCUGGAGGAAGCUAAGAUCCGGCGUGCAGAGCUGCAGAAGGCCCGAGCUCUGCAGUCCUACUACGAGGCCAAGGCAAGGCGGCAGAGGAAGAUCAAGAGCAAGAAAUACCACAAAGUGCAGAACAAGGCAAAGCGCAAGGAUUUCCUGAAGCAGUUUGAUGAAAUGGUGAAGAAAGACCCAGCUGCUGCCCUAGAGGAGCUGAAUAAGAUGGAGCUGGCUAGGAUGCAGGAGAGGAUGUCACUAAAGCACCAGAACAGCGGCAAGUGGGCCAAGUCCAAGGCCAUCAUGGCCAAAUAUGAUGAGGAGGCCCGCACAGCCAUUCAGCAGCAACUCGAGGUGAACAAAAACCUGACCCAGAAGGUCGUGACCUCACUGAAUAAUGAGGAGGAGGAGGAGGAGGAGGAGGAGGGAGCAGGUGACGCAGAGGUGCUGCCUGACUUUGUGAAUGAUGCAGAGCAAGGACUGGACUUUUCAAAUCCUUGGUUGAGCGGGACGCUCUCUCAGGAUCCUGCAGAGGAGACAAGUGAUGCUGUGACCGUGACGGUUAGUGCAGAGGAAAAUGUAGCUGAGGAAGAGGAGGUGGAAGAGACAGAAGAAGAGGCGCUCCUCCGAGAAUUUGAUAGCAGGAGGAAACUGCGUCAGGCUCAGGAAGCUGACACUGCAGCUGCAAUACCGGUGGUGGUGGUGGUGGUGGAGGAGGAGGAGGAGGAGGAUGACGACAACGAUGCAUCUGACAAAGAGGCCACAGGUCUCCUCAGAGGACUAGCAGAGGGCUGUGGAGAGGCUGACCAAGCAGCUGACACUGACACCUCUGCCCAGCUGGAAGAGGGGCUCAGAAUCAGGGAUGUGGAGGAUGUGGAGCUCCUCACUCAGGAGGAGGUGGAGCUGGAGGAGGAAACCACAGAUAAAGUACCUGUUAAGCUACAGCAUCCUCCAGCCACAGAAAGCUUUCAGAACGCAGGCAAAACAAGGAAGGUGAAGAAAGGGAUCGAGCUGAAACAAGUUCUUACCAAGGACACGCAAGCCAUCCAGGUUCCCUUCACUCCCACUGUCGAGGACACCGAGGACGCGGUGGGAAAGCUGGAUCAGAGGGGGCUCAUUAAAGAGGCCUUCGCUGGAGACGACAUCAUCUCUGACUUCCUCAAGGACAAGAAGAAGCAGGAGGAUGCAGGGAAGGCUAAGGUAGUGGACCUGACACUGCCUGGGUGGGGUGAGUGGGGGGGAGGAGGACUCAAGCCGUCGCGCAGAAAAAGCCGGAGGUUCAGGAUAAAGACGGCCCCGCCCCCACCCAGGAAAGACCAGCAUCUACCAGGUGUCAUUAUCUCUGAGAAGAGGAACAGCUCCAUCAGCCUCCAUCAGGUGAACACCCUGCCCUUUCCCUUCGAGAGCCCCUCAACAUUCGAGAACACCAUCCGCUCUCCACUAGGCCGCACCUGGAACACGGAGUGCACCGUCAAAAAGGUCACCAAGCCCAAGGUGGUCACCAGGCUGGGAGCCAUCAUCAAGCCCAUGACUCGGGAGGAGCUGGUGAAGGACAGGAAACAGGCAGGAAACAGCAGACUUCAGGAGCUGAAAUUGGUGAAAUGAGCUGUUCAUGAAAGCAGCUUCAAAUUGAGCCGUAAUAUUGUUAACAUUUCUGUCAUUCUUAUGUUUCUUGGGCUGUUGAGCUGAUAAAGUGGAGAUAAAAACAGUAAAAUCUCAAAUGUGAAGUCAAAUGAGUGGAGAAUACCUGAAAUAAAUUGUUGUGGCUGCUGUUUCCCGCCCAGUAUCCUGAGCCCACAUGCAGUUUCAGGGUCAAAGCUGAUGGUAGCUGAAACAGGUCAUACAUCAUGAAGGACUGAAGGUCUGGUUUUGUUGGAGAACAUCUGUCACACUUCUGGAACUGCACUGCUGCAUUCUAACGAUGCUUUGUUAUUUUGUUGUGCGGCACGACGCCUCUGCUGCCGUCUAAUUUAGAACUGGAAAAAGACCGAUGUCAGCUCCAAAAACAUGGCCCAACAAAUGGGCUGAGCAACAGGCUCCCUAAAUAAUGUUAGUGGGGAUGGGAGGGCUUUCCACAGGGAUGGGGGGUGGCCUGUUUCUCCUGCUGUGUGUGUGAGGCGGUGUUCGUGGUACAGGAAUGUCUGCAUAUCUAAUCUUUAGGUACAUGUCCACAAUCAAACUUUAUGUAACCACAGAAAGUGAUGCUCACAGUGGUGUAUGCAGUGACUGAAGGGGCCAGCUACCAGAGACAGACUCUGUAAUGCAGCAUGUUACUGUGCCACUGAAUACUGUGUAAGGAAAGAUGAUGUUACAUUCCUGAGUAUUUACUGCUUCACUGCAUCGCUGAGGCAGGUAUUCAUCCUGCACUGAUUCUGUGUGCUGACCUUUGAACCUGGGCUCUAAAGACUUCAUGUAUAAAACGUGCUGUGGCUGUAAACUCCAUGAUGAUCUACAACAUGAUGUCUA